CUCGGGGCGCGCGGACGUUUAGGAUUUGAUUCGGUGCGCGAGCGCGAGACGGAACAGCCACGUGACACCGAGGUGGUUUACGGCAGCAGGUGAGCGCGCGCCGCUUACACUCGCUGGAGCAUGAAAACGCCGACUUUGAGGUGCGCGCGCUCGGUAUUUCUACUGAUACUGAUACUGCACGUGGUGAAGAGCGCACCGGCACGGAACAGGUCUACUUUUCCAAGAAAGUCCUGGACCGCUGAGGGGGAAGGCGGUAUCACCAUGGUAACGAAUUUCAGGCCCCUAGCUGAGGUGAAGGACCUGGUGUGGAAGCGUCGUUUGGUCUGGAGAGAUCUUGAGCAUAAAGACAUCCUGCUGAGUAAUUCUCCAACACAACUCAGUCAAACCCUCAUCCGCGGGAGACAAAAACGGGGACUUCGUCAAUUACACGGUCAGCUGAUGCGUGUGGGCUGCAUCCUAGGAACCUGCCAGGUCCAGAACCUGAGCUUUCGCCUCUACCAGCUAAUUGGCCAGAGAAAAAGAGACCGCUCUCCUUCAAUCAAUCCUAAAAGUCCUCACAGUUACGGAUGAAACUCAACAGGACGCUGGAUCUGACUCCACCCCCAAAAACCAAACAACACUUUUCCUGUGGACAGUGUCAGUAUGUCGACAUCCUGAUGAACUAACAGUGUCUCUUUGCCAUCACAGGGCAGUAGGAGGAGUUCACUGAAGGUUACAGAGAUGAUUUAUGAUGGUGGGCUGAAUUUCUUAAAGAAAUAUUGAAAAAGUGGAAUUAUUUUUAUUUCUUUCUCACUUUCUCUUUCUAUCUUUUUAUCUCUCUCUCAUAGGGUGAAUGAACAUGCAACAUGGCGAGUUUGUUACUAACAAAAUCUGUGGGUGUCAAUAUUUAUUAUCACAGAAGGCUUUUCAUGCCCUGAAGCAGUAAAUCAGCCUGAAACCAUGAUGCUAACACCAUCAUGCUUCAGAUAGGGGUUAAUGUUUUGAUAAUAGAAUGAAGUCAUGAAGGAAACCACUUCCACCAACCAAUUAAUCAAUUAAUCAGUCAAUUAAUCUACAAAUUAAUUAAUAAACCAAUCAAUAUGUUUAUAAAAAACUACCUGGAUUAUCCACACAAGGUUCUGCACACACACACACACACACACACACACACACACA